AUGACGACCGAGAACACGCAGAGUGCGCAUUGCCCUGAGUCUCUGCAAAGCGUAGCAAGUCAACUUGUUUCUCUCGACUUUGUAACUGGUACAGAUCGUGUUGAACACACCAGUGGUGCAGGUCUGAAGAUUUUCCCCCAGUGGCUCGCCAAUGGCACCAUCGUGUACCUUAUUAAGAACACAGCCGAUGAAGGACUGAGCUACAGUACCGGCAACACAACGACAGCUGUUCCUCGAACCAUUCAGAGCCCCUCGUGGUCACCUGAUGGCAGCAAAGUCAUCUACGAGAAUGUCGACUUCGAUGUCAUCCGCUCCAUGGGCAAGACCAUCUACUCCUGA